CCAUGCCACCAAAUGUGCGACUCCCCGCGGUCAAAUUUCGAUCGCUACUAUUACCGCCCCUCCGCGCACAUCUAACAACGCUACACGACUCUGCACGCCCAGGAUGCGCUUCAGUCUCGCCGCACCGCAUCACGGCGGCGCCAUGCGUUGUCCAGCGCCGCUCGCUGUAUCUCUAUAAGACGGCCACCGCAAAGACAGCGCUGGGCAUGCACAAAGUCCUAGAUUUUGAACUCUACACACCAGCGCCACCCAGCGCAUCGAAACACACAGUCAACCUGGUGGAGAGCCCUGAAAGGCUAACGGUGGUUGAAAAGGACGUCUCGCUGCAAACACUCUACGAUGAUCACGUCUCGCCUGGAAAUUUCCUCUAUAUGGCGGUACCGCUUGACAAGAAAGUUGCCGGAAGCUUCGACUUGAUGCGCGAGAGAGACAUCCCGUCCACGGCCCGGUUAUACACCGUCACCGGAUACAAGCGCGUCUUUGAGGGCAAGAAGCGUGCCGAAAAGUUCAGCAAGUGGCUCACGCCGCAUGAGCACCACGGUCCUCUCAAAACCAUACACUUAACUCUCUCAAGCCCGGCGGCAUACCAAAAGCUGGUCUUGAGCCGCGCGUACCAGUUCAUUGGAAACGGCUCGCCAGUCGAGGUUUGUAUUCGUUGGAGUCCGCCAGCAAAUUCGAAGACGACGAGAGGGACGGAUCCAGACCUCCCGGCAUACAUGGACGAGCAUUUCCCGCAUCUGCGGCCAGAUUUCAUCCUGAAGAGCAUGCCUGAGGGGACAGUGUAUGUCGUCCAGCCUGUCAGCGACGGACGGUGCCUCCAGUGGGUGAUGGGCAACCAAGCGGUUCACCAGGACAAAAACCUCACAAAUAGGUUGCUCAAGGUCAAGGGGGCAGUGGAGAAGUCGUUGGAUGAUAACCAGAUGGCGAGAAAUUACCUCGAACGGCAAAAGAAGCGGCAGGGGCUGCCUUACACGAAGGUGCCCAAGGCUUUGCCUGGGGAGGUCAAGUUGGAGAAGACUGGUGAGAAGGGCCCCUUGACGCUGGAAAAGAGCGGCAGUUGGUCGCGAAAAUCGGUUCCUGGCACUCAACCGGUUAAGAAAUCUGGAACUACGACGGACUGGACGAAUCGCACGCAAUUGAGCAUCGUCAGAAAAGUGCAGGCGUUCGACCCGCAGGACUCGUUAGGGAAGGGGAAGAAGAGAGCGAAGUUCAAUUGGCAAACAAGGGGAAAGACAAGUUAGUGGUGUAUUUGAUGAAGCAGUGGCGUGCAGUAGCACAGUGUACAUUACAACAUACUCCUAAUCCCGAAUGCAGACAUGUGAAAGUGGGUCUACCAAACGGAGGGAACCUGCAUCCAACAAA